GCGGACAUCGGGUGUUUCUUGCACGACAUCGGUGGUGUAGCUAUCAUCUGCAUUGGGAUCUAUCAAUGAGCAUUCUACAUCAUAUGGUUCAAGGAGGAAGCUGAUGGGGUUGACUGCUCUUGGGGGGGUGUCAGGUGAGGGGGAAGCGAGGACGAUCAGGUUGUGGGGACGUGUACCCUGGGGUGGUGGUGAGCUGGGGAUUGUUGCUGGGAUCGGGUUGUGUGGGUUGUUAUGUUGUGAGAGAAAAUACGAGAGGGUGGGGAGCCAGGAGGCUGUGCAGGAAGAGCAAGUUGCGGCUGGGGUUGGGUGGCCAGGGGCUGCUGCUGUUGCGAUGGCCGUGGUGGUGGUUCGUGGAGACGAUUGUGCAGUUGAGAAUGGGAUAGUUGCCUGCCUGUGCCUGCUUCUCUGGACGAUGUUCGAAAACGGUGGGUCUUUGCGUUUGUGCAAGGAGGAGGGGGUUGGGAUCUGCUUGUUAGCAGUAUGCGGGAUGAGUGUAGCAGCGAAGCUGCUGGCGAAGGGCAUGGUGGAGUAUGGAGCUCUGACAAUUAGCUGUGUGGAGUUGCAUGUGGGAUCAGCAGCAGCGAGAUGGGUCUUGAUGACGGCCUCUUCAUCCCCUAGGAGGGGCUUCCAUUUACCCAAGAUGAUGGCCCAAUCGGAGAAGAGAAGGUUCUCGAUAAGGAACGGUGCUUGCGAGCUGGAUGCAGGAUGGACUCUAUGGAGAACAGCCUGCGGUAGCGCAAGCAUCACAAUCUGUGCAUGGAUGCUGGGCGGCGCGAGGCAAGCAAAGGGCCGGACGUUCUCGAUGAGCUCAGUAUGCCAGCCAGAACUGCCGUCGAAGUCAUCCUGCAUGUUGAUCGAUCAGGCGAAGCACGUGGUUAGUGUUUGGGUGGUAAGUGUAGCUGGAGUGUGAGAGUGGUGGGCAACUCUAUCAUAGCAUGCGUAAUCAACAGGGCAAGCAAAU